GUUGGUGAAAAGCAGUGGCGCCAGAAAAUGGCGUUCCUCGCCGACGAUGACGCCGCAUUUGAGGCAGUGCUGAGCUUCGUGGAUGAUUUUGCUGCACAUGAACCUUUGAUGGGUGAUGACAUAGCCGACAGCUUAGAGACGGACAAGAUUUUUCGCGACGAUGAGCUCGAAAUGCCGAUGAUUGAGGAGAUGCACCUUCAAGUCGCCGGAGGAACCGAUGCUACUUUAAGCCUGCGUCGUUCUUCAAGACUAUCCCAGCGAUCAAGUGGCUGCAGUACUUUGAGUACGAAUACUACUCUGUCAGGCUCUCUCCGCUCAAGCCGCCGUGUGGCCAACAAUACAAAGAAAAAGGUGUUGCGCAAAGCUGGGGAGUAUGCAGACCCCAACCGUGCUCGCAAUGAGCGAAUGCUCGAAAUAGCCUACCUGCGCGAGAAAGUGGGACAGCUGGAGACAGAGCUGCAAAACGCUCGAGAGCGACCAUCGAGACCAUUGACAGAGCUGGGAACACGGAGCGCAACAAACGAAAAUGACCCUGGUCUGGAGGAACAAAUCGCUGCUUUUGCAAGCGAAAACCGGUUGUCAGCUGCUUCGAGUUCGUGGGAGGAGAUUGCGGUUCAUCAGCGAAAUGAACGAGAGGAGGCAGAGCGAGAAAAUGUGCGACUGAAGGUGGUUCUUGCAAGUCAGAUAAAAGUGGCCAAAGAUUUGGAGAGCAUACUGCUCAAGCGCGCUCGACAACAGGUUUGCUAAGAUAAAGUUUACUGUGUUCUCAUUGUAUUCUGAACGAUGGAUCACUCAUGUGUAUUGUGGUGCGGCAGAUUGCCGAGUGCUCCGCAUCGAUUCAGAGACGAGUUGAUAUAGCUUGCCCUUCAGGCCACACAUUGGACUUCCGAGCUGAUGCUGCUGACUUCCAGGGUUUGCUGCAAUACCUUGACGACGCGUAUAGCCAAGUCGAUACAGUACUGGCUGCCAAUGGCCUUGCAUGGAAGGAAAUGACACUGCACGACGUACAGAUGCGCGAAGGCGUCAAUGGAAUGUAUCUUGAAGUGUUCUCAAACAAGGUUUUGCCCUUUGGUCUGCAUGCCACAGCGGAGGCGACAUGGAACUACUUCAAGGGCUCGAAGAAGCAUCGAGGCACUCUGUAUGCGAAAGAAGCCCAGGAUCUUGACACACCGUACACGGUCAUCGAACACUUUUCGAAAGAACUGGUUGCUGGCAAUUCGAGCACGGAUGUGCGCAUCAAGCAGAUUGUCCGGCGUUAUGUUGAAUCUCAUCGCGAAAUCGUGGUGUGGGUGGCAUCAAUUACCCCCGUUAACAUGACUCAGAAGCCAUUCGGGGGGUUUACUUCCCGCCAUCGGAGUUACGCUGUCAUCAAGCGCGCCAAAGCUUCGACCCCUCAACACGAAUUAUCGUUACUGCAGCUCGUAUCGCACGGAAUGCUCGAUACCCAGACCGGUACCAUCUACGAUCCCAAAUACGUUCGAGCACUCACUGACUUCUUGCUGAACGAUGCAGCACGAAAUAUCAAGGCGGAUCAGCAACUCAUCGAAAAUGUCCUCAUGGAUCAAAUGCUGCGUCCGUGAGAAUGGGCCCCGUUGCCUUUUUUUUGGUCCGAGAUCAGUACACUAAAAUAAUGUGUCUAAUAAAUUUAGGGCGUUCAGAGCAAAAAAUACAUUCAGGAAUAUUUGAUCGAA